UGUCGAAGUCGCCAUUAGUCUCUGUGGUAGAAGUGCCGCUGUUCUGGUCCAGAAGGCCAAAUAGCGAACGAGCAUCAUGCUGCGUUUGCCAACCCUUAGCCGAGCGCUGGUUGGGGUGGCCCAUUGCAAGGGCUGCCUGGCUGCUAAAAACAAUGUUCGCACUGCAGCCACAGCUGCCAGUAACAUGGUGGAGGUGUUUGUGGAUGGGAAGCCCGUAAUGGUGGAGCCAGGAACGACAGUGCUGCAGGCAUGUGAAAAGAUGGGAGUGCAGAUACCACGCUUCUGUUACCACGAACGCCUGUCUGUGGCAGGGAACUGCCGCAUGUGUCUUGUGGAGAUCGAGAGAGCACCAAAGCCUGUGGCUGCAUGUGCCAUGCCUGUCAUGAAGGGGUGGAACAUUCUGACCAACUCAGAGAAGACCAGGAAAGCCAGGGAGGGCGUGAUGGAGUUCCUGCUGGCAAAUCACCCUCUGGACUGCCCAAUCUGUGACCAAGGAGGAGAGUGUGACCUGCAGGACCAGUCGAUGAUGUUUGGUACUGACAGGAGCCGCUUCACCGAGGGGAAGAGGGCUGUGGAGGACAAGAACAUCGGCCCGCUCAUCAAGACCAUCAUGACCCGCUGCAUCCAGUGUACCCGCUGCAUCCGCUUUGCCAGCGAGAUUGCAGGUGUGGAGGACUUGGGCACCACCGGCAGGGGCAAUGACAUGCAAGUGGGCACCUACGUGGAAAAGAUGUUCAUGUCUGAGAUGUCCGGAAACGUGAUCGACGUCUGUCCUGUUGGAGCAUUGACCUCCAAGCCCUAUGCCUUCACCUCCCGCCCAUGGGAGACCAGGAAGACAGAGUCCGUCGACGUGCUGGAUGCCGUUGGCAGCAACAUUGUGGUGAGCACCAGGGGCGGAGAGGUGAUGAGGAUCCUCCCGCGCCUCAACGAGGAUGUCAACGAGGAGUGGAUCUCCGACAAGACCCGGUUUGCGUAUGAUGGGCUAAAGAGGCAGCGGCUCACUCAGCCUAUGGUGAAGAAUACCUCUGGACAGCUGGUGCCCACUUCAUGGGAGGACGUCUUGACACAAGUCGCUGGAGCACUGCAGGGAGCUCAGGGGCAGGAUUUGGCAGCCAUUGCGGGGGGUCUAGUGGAUGCAGAGGCUCUGGUUGCUCUGAAGGACCUUUUGAACCGCCUGAACAGUGACAACCUGUGCACCGAGGAAAUCUUCCCCAUGACUGGGGCGGGUUCUGACCUGCGCUCCAACUACCUGCUGAACUCCCGCAUCACUGGCAUCGAGGAGGCCGACCUGCUGCUUCUGGUCGGCACCAACCCCCGCUAUGAGGCACCACUGUUCAAUGUGCGAAUCAGGAAGAGCUGGCUCCACAAUGAGCUACAAGUGGCAUUGGUUGGGCGGAAAGUGGACCUGAGCUACACCUAUGAUCACCUUGGGGAAUCUACACAAGUGCUGCAGGAGAUUGCAGCAGGGACGCACCCCUUCUGCCAGGUUCUGGCACAGGCGAAACGCCCGGUGGUGGUAAUGGGCAGUGCGUGUCUACAGCGAGAGGACGGGGCUGCGUUGCACUCCGCAGUGUCCACCAUUGCUCUGAAUGCCCGCGCCAGCAGUGGGGUGGAGGACGGCUGGAAAGUGCUCAACGUUCUUCAUAGGGUGGCCAGUCAGGUGGCAGCACUGGACCUUGGCUACAAGCCUGGUGUGGAAGCCAUCAGAAAGAACCCUCCAAAGGUUCUCUUCCUGCUUGGGGCAGAUGCGGGAUGUAUCACCCGACAGGACCUUCCAAAGGGCAGCCUCAUCAUCUAUCAGGGACAUCACGGGGAUGUGGGGGCACCCAUGGCUGACAUCAUUAUCCCCGGAGCUGCAUACACAGAGAAGUGUGGCACCUAUGUGAACACGGAGGGGCGUGCCCAGCAGACCAGGGUGGCGGUGACUGCGCCAGGCAUGGCCAGAGAGGAUUGGAAGAUCAUUAGAGCUAUCUCUGAGCUGGCAGGUGUGACACUGCCCUACGACACCCUAGAUGAGGUGCGUGACAGACUGGCUGAGGUGUCACCCAACCUGGUGCGCUAUGAUGACGUGGAAGAGGCCAACUACUUCAAGCAGGCAAAUGAGCUGUCAAAGGCUGUGAAUCAGGCACUUCUAGCUGAGCCUCUGGUUCCUCCACAACUCGCAGUGAGAGAUUUCUACAUGACAGAUCCCAUCAGCAGAGCCUCCCAGACUAUGGCCAAGUGUGUGAAGGCCGUGACGGAAGGAGCGCAAGCAGUGGAGGAGCCGUCCAUCUGCUGAAACCCUGUCCGUAUUCUCAGACACCCGUCAGUGUCCCACACACCUUCUCUUUUCACAGACUUGUGCAGAAGCUUGCAGAACCUGCAAAUGCAGCGUGCUGUUUAUCACCUGCCAGACUCAUUCAAACCUUGCAUCACCUUGAACAGUACAGUUCAACUGUGUGAAUUCUCUGCAUAUAUCUGAGCGCUCUACUGAGAAUAAAGGUCUACUGGUUUAAAGAUGCAACUUCCAUGUUGAGUUUUGGGGGAGCAGCGUUGAUGUAGAAACAUUUAAAUGUAAUAAUAAAUAAAAACCUCUUAUUGUAA